GCCUGGGAGAGUUCAGGCUACCCUAGCAAACACUCUCAGGCCAGUCAGGGAUGGAGAAAGCAAGCAGGGGAGGAGGCAACCCGGUUGGCUCUGGAGUCAGCAGGCCUUGCUGUGUUUGUAUUGUGUUGCUUGGGGGGUACAUUAUAAAUGCAGCCAGUCCGGGGGCCCCUGGACUCAGAACCCCAGACUGUACCAGUUCCAAAAAGCUGCGCAAGCCUCGCCGAGAUGAAGCUGCCGGGCCAGGAGGAGCUUGAUGUCUACAGUGCUCAGGAAAAUGUGCCCACAGGAGAGCUGGACAGCGGCCCAGGCUCUGGCCCCAGCCCCGAUGGCUCCCCAGACACUGGGGUACCCAAGGACCCUCUGCUCUUCAUUCAGCUGAAUGAGCUGCUGGGCUGGCCCCAGGCGCUAGAGUGGAGAGAGACAGGCAGGUGGGUGCUGUUUGAAGAGAAGCUGGAGAUGGGUGGAGGCCGGUGGAGUGCCCCCCAUGUGCCCACCCUGGCGCUGCCCAGCCUGCAGAAGCUCCGCAGCCUUCUCGUGGAGGGCCUUGUCCUGCUGGACUGCCCGGCUCAGAGCCUCCUGGAGCUCGUGGAGCAGGUGACCAGAGUGGAGUCGCUGAGCCCGGAGCUGAGAGGGCAGCUGCAGUCCUUGUUACUGCAGAGACCCCAGCACCUCAUCCAGACCACAAGCACCAGGCCCUGCUGGGGGUCUGCCCGUCCAAGACAGUCUUCCCGCGAUGAGGAAGCCCCCCUGAAGGAGCAGCGUCUGAACUCCCUGAGACAGAAGCUGCCUCCAGGGGCUGAGGCCGGGGCUGUGCUGGCAGGAGAGCUGGGCUUCCUGGCACAGCCACUGGGGGCCUUUGUGCGACUGCGGGAUCCAGUGGUGCUGGGGCCCAUUACUGAGGUGCCCCUCCCCAGCAGAUUUUUCUGCCUCCUCCUCGGUCCCCCCACACUGGGAAGGAGCUACCAUGAAAUGGGCCGGGCGAUGGCGGUCCUCCUCAGUGACCCGCAAUUCCAGUGGUCAGUUCGACGGGCCUGCAACCUUUAUGACCUACUGGCAGCCCUGGAUGCCUUCCUAGAGGAGGUGACAGUGCUCCCCCCAGGCCGGUGGGACCCCACAGCCCGGAUUCCCCCGCCUAAAUGUCUGCCCUCUCAACACAAAAGGCUCCCCUCGCAAAUGCAGGAGGUCAAGGGCCCCUCUGCCCGGCGUGGGUCUCCGGCCGAGGACAGGCACGGCCAGCCGCCGCAGGCGCCCAGCCCGGAGCUGCAGCGGAUGGGCAGGCUGUUUGGGGGCCUUGUCCAGGACGUCCGGAGGAAGGCCCCGUGGUACCCCAGUGACUUCUUGGACGCCCUGCACCCUCAGUGCUUCUCCGCUGUGCUCUACAUUUACCUGGCCACCAUCACGAACGCCAUCACUUUUGGGGGGCUGCUAGGAGAAGCCACCGACGGUGCUCAGGGGGUGCUGGAAAGUUUCCUGGGCACAGCGGUGGCAGGAGCUGCCUUCUGCCUGAUGGCCGGCCAGCCCCUGACCAUCCUCAGCAGCACGGGGCCAGUGCUGGUCUUUGAACGCCUGCUCUUCUCCUUCAGCAGAGAUUACAGCCUGGACUACCUGCCCUUCCGCCUAUGGGUGGGCAUUUGGGUGGCCACCUUUUGCCUGGUGUUGGUGGCCACAGAGGCCAGUGUGCUGGUGCGCUACUUUACUCGAUUCACCGAGGAAGGCUUCUGUGCCCUCAUCAGCCUCAUCUUCAUCUACGACGCCGUGGGCAAAAUGCUGAGCUUGACCCGUGCCUAUCCCAUCCAGAGGCCUGGCUCUCCCGCCUACGGCUGCUUCUGCCAGUACCCAGACCCUGGAGGAAAUGAGUCUCAGUGGACAAGGACAAAGCCAAAAGACACAGACGACCUCUUGAGCACGGACCUAGGCCUGGUCAAUGCGUCCUUGCUGCCUCCACCUGAGUGUGUCCGGCAGGGAGGCCACCCUCGCGGCCCUGGCUGUCAGACAGUCCCAGACAUCGCCUUCUUCUCCCUCCUCCUCUUCCUUGCCUCCUUCCUCUUUGCCAUGGCCUUCAAGCAGGUCAAGACAAGCCGCUUCUUCCCGUCUGCGGUGCGCAAGGUACUCAGCGACUUCUCCUCAGUCCUGGCCAUCCUGCUGGGCUGUGGCCUUGAUGCCUUCCUGGGCCUCGCCACGCCAAAGCUCACGGUGCCCAGAGAGUUCAAGCCCACACUACCUGGGCGUGACUGGCUGGUGUCACCUUUUGGAACCAACCCCUGGUGGCUGAGUGUGGCAGCCGCUCUGCCUGCCCUGCUGCUGUCUAUUCUCAUCUUCAUGGACCAGCAGAUCACAGCGGUCAUUCUCAAUCGUGCCGAAUAUAGACUGCGGAAGGGAGCUGGCUUCCACCUGGACCUCUUCUGUGUGGCUUUGCUGAUGCUGCUCACAUCAGCGCUUGGGCUUCCCUGGUAUGUCUCAGCCACUGUCAUUUCCCUGGCCCACAUGGACAGCCUUCGGAGAGAGAGCAGAGCCUGUGCUCUGGGGGAGCCCCCCAGCUUCCUGGGCAUCAGGGAGCAGAGGCUGACCGGCCUGGUGGUGUUCAUCCUUACAGGAAUCUCCAUCUUCCUGGCACCUAUACUCAAGUUCAUCCCAAUGCCUGUGCUCUAUGGCAUCUUCCUGUACAUGGGGGUGGCAGCAAUUAGCAGCAUUCAGUUCACCAAGAGGGCGCAGCUUUUAUUGAUGCCAGCAAAACACCAGCCAGACCUCCUGCUCUUGAGGCAUGUGCCUCUGAGCAGGGUUCACCUCUUCACAGCCAUCCAGCUUGCCUGCCUGGGUCUGCUUUGGAUAAUCAAGUCUACACCUGCAGCCAUCAUCUUUCCCAUCAUGUUGCUGGGCCUGGUGGGGGUCCGAAAGGCACUGGAGUGGGUCUUCUCACCACAAGAACUUCUCUGGCUUGAUGAGCUGAUGCCGGAGAAGGAAAGGAGCACCCCUGAGAAGGGGCUGGAGCCAGAGUACUCGUUCAGUGGAAGUGACAGUGAAGAUUCAGAGCUGAUGUAUCAACCAAAAGCUCCGGAAAUCAAUAUCUCUGUGAAUUAGCUGGAGUAGGAAUCUGGGAGUGGAGACUCCAGGAAACUGAGCAUGAGGUUUUUUAAACAUCCUAUAUAAUAAAAGCCCAGCAACCGAAUGGAAGAAUGACUGGAAUGACCAGGACAACUGCAGCCCCUCACUCCGGCCGGCCCUGCCCCCAAUCGUCUCUCAUCGGCACCCGGCCUGUAGUAUAAAAAUACUGUUCUUACCCAGUCCGUGUGGCUCAGUGGUUGAGCAUCAACCUAUGAAUUA